AUGUUCACGAAGAUGCUGCCACAACAUCACGAGCAAGCGGAGCAGACUCUUGCAAAAGCUAUUCCGUCUAAUGUCGGGGUUGCGACCAAACAUUCUACAGCAAUCGGACUUGGCGAAGCACUGUGUUUAGUCCAGGAUAGAGACGAUAUUGCAGCCGCCAAGUUAAUUGAAACAGAGGACAUGAGCGGAGAUGGUUUCCUGCUCGCAUUCGUCAGCACAAAUGGAAAGAAGUAUUUGGAACGUUACGGGCACCGAGGAAUAGUGUUUGACAACACUUUCAACGAGUGCUUCAAAGAGCUAGACCCCCAGUAUGUGAUGACAGAUGACAAAUACGUCUUUUACAAUGCUUUCAAGGCGGUGUUUCCUGCGAGUCGGGCUGCUAAAGUGUUGUGUUCGUUUCACAUUAGCCAAGCGUUGCAGAGGAAGAACAAAGAGCUGUUGAAAGUAAAAUCAUUACCAGCAUCAACUUCUCACAUUGUUUUCUCGAAAUGUUAUGAAUCUUUUCCACGAAAAAGACAUGUGCGAUGUACGAACGGCGAAACGCCCGAUCUCUUCACUUCUCAUCGAGACGGACCAGAAAGCGUUCGAAAACAAGUUUUCUGCUUACAUGACCUAGUUAGCAUCAAGGGGAGCAUCAGAAAUGCUGCAAUCACGAAAGAAUCAGAUAAGGUUUGGAACGUAGUCUCCAGUUGCCGUAAUGGAGUUGCAUAUGAGGUGACUAUCAACGAUUCGCCUUGUGACUGUAGUGAAGAGGUAGCGGUCUGUUCCGACCAAUGCGGAAUCGCUUGGAUGCCGGUGAAACUUCGACGUCAAAUGCGUGCAGUAGCACUGCUCUGA